AUGGCCACUCGCCGCGGCGGCGGAGACGACGGGCCCGCCGUCCGUCCCCGCCCUAUUUCCGCCUCUCGCCGCUUCCCUUCCCCUUCUCUCCUAAAAGAAAACUCCAACCCUCGUCGCUCCACCUCCCGCUCCAACCCCUCCCUCAAAACCCUCCCUCGUGGCCGCAGCUCCAGCCCCUCCGAUCUCUCCCGGGCCUCCGCCCAAAAACCUACCCGCGAUCCCACCCCCAAGUCCACCACACAAAAACCUAAACUUUCCACCUCCACCGGCCAGAAGCCCAAACCUUCCACCACCAGGUCCCAAGACCUUACCAAAACCUCCCAAGAAUCCACCGACGGAAGUAGCAGCAACAGCAAUGCAAAGUACCCUAGCAGGCUUCACGAGAAGCUCGCUUUUCUUGAAGGCAAAGUGAAGAGAAUAGCUUCAGACAUAAAGAAGACCAAGGAGAUGUUGGACAUGAACAACCCUGAUGCCUCUAAGGUGAUUCUUUCGGACAUCCAGGACAAGAUCUCAGGAAUUGAAAAAGCCAUGGUUCAUGUUGUUUCUAAUAAGAAGAGUGAAGGUGACACCCUUGAAAAAGACAAGAACUUGGUUAAAGGGUCGAAAUUGAACAAUGAAGAACUCGAGGCGCGUCUUUUCCCUCACCAGAAACUGCUUCGGGAUAGGACAGUGGUUGUUAAGAGUGAUAAAGAUAAGGAUUGUGUGGAAGAAGAGAAGGUGUUGAGCCCUGUUGACGAUAACUCGGUUGCGGUUGAGUUUUUGGCCUUGAUUGAUAAGGUGAAUUCUGGGGAGGAAGCGAAGGAAAAGGGUGGUGGGAAUGAGGGCUGGAGUGAUCCGAGGAACGGCAUUGAUGAGCUACUGGCGACGGAUGAGAAACUUGAUGAAUUUGAUGAUCAGGAGAACAAGGAAGGGGCGGUUGUGGAGGAGAUGGAUGAGGCUUUCAAUUUUAGAUUGAAUGGGAUUGGUAACAAGGUUGCUUGUGGUGGGUGGUUUGUGUCGGAAGGUGAAGCUGUCGUCCUUGCUCACCAUGAUGGUUCUUGCAGCUAUUAUGAUAUUGCCAAUUGCGAGGUAUGUGUUCUUCAUUUGAUGCAGAUUCUAAAUGUCAAACUGUGGAGUGGUGUGCUUGAUUUGGUCUUAGGAGUGGACCUUUUGAGUUGA